GCCAACCUGUUGAAGUGACAGGUGACAGCUAAAAUGGAGGUGUGUUGAUAUUAUAAUUUGAUCUCGUAUUUUGCAUUUUCUUUUCCUUCUACUACUAAUUAAAUUAAGUCACGAUGAGUAAUCACCACAACAAUGGCUCAAGAGCGGGCGAAACGGAACAGAUGGCGCCUUCGCAGUGUCUCAAGGUUUUUAUACAAAGGGAUUAUAGUGAAGGGACAGUAGUGAAAUUCCAGACUAGGUUUCCGCAGGAGUUAGACGGCAGGUUAGAAAGGCAAGCGUUCGAGGCCACUAUCAAUAGACUGAAUAGCUAUUUCGCAGAGGCAGAAAACGCCACUUGCUCCACGUACUGCGAGGGUUGUUUGGCUUGUCUCACUGCCUAUUUAAUUUAUAUUUGUAAGGAAACUCAUUAUGAAAAGUGUCUCAAAAAAGUGUCAAAGUUUGUAGCGGAACAAAACCAGACUGUAUACGAACCAAGAGGUCUAAAAUUGACAGACCCCAGCAUGCGAGGACUGAGAGUGAUAGAAAUAAGUUGUCUAGAUAGGCCCCCAAACGCAUGACUUACAUUGUCGCACUCCACCCAGGAGUUUUUUAUGUAAGAUGAAAAAAAGAAAAUUUUGUCAACAAUCCUAUAUCUACUGUUUAGACUGCUGUAUUUUUAGUUGGACAAAGUGAUAAUCGUUUGAUUCGCUAAUAAGCAAUAUUCGACGGUUCUUCCAUUUUUUUCGGGUCAAAAUUGCGUGCAUUUUCGUUUCGUUGUUGUCCAACUCAAAAAUCAAAAUACAAUCUCCCUAUGUAUUGUGAAAAGGGUGUUGUAAAAAAAGAAUAAAUGUUUUCAUGUUUUCCAAAUUAAGUAGAACGUUAUUUUCGGGUAUGUUCCGUUGUGGAAUUUCGAUCACCACACGCGAAUGACGUGACGCGAGCACUAUUUUCGCUGUAAAAGUUUUUUGAGUGGUGUGAUGCGUACUUUGUGUAUUGAACAAAUGACGAGCACUCAGUGGCGGGCGGGCGGUAUUAUUUGCGCGUACGUUGGAAAAAUAUUGGCUCGGUUACGCCACUGGUGCCAGAGAGAUUUUUCAUUUGGGUGGUGCUAUUAUUCUACUAUUGUGUUACUUUGUCUAAGUAAGUCCGAUGUAUUGUGUUAAGUGGUUACUAAUAUGUUUAUAAUUAUUUUUAUACUUGUAAAUGGUUUUUAUUAUGUGUAUGUUAUUAUUUAUUACUUAACAGUUUUUUUGGAAAUUCUAAUAAAUAUUUUGUCUAUU